UAAAAAGGAAAAACGGAGAGGAGAAGGAAAAAAAUAAAAAAAGAGGGUAAAAACGAAGCCUCGCGUGGGGUUUGUUGCUGGGCGGGUCUCUUCCCUCGGCAGUUACCACCAUCGAAUCGAUCUCGUCGUCUCUUCCAAACUCUCGAAAUUAAUAAAAUCUUCCAGAAAUUUCGAGUUAGAAAAUUGAUGCGAGGAGCCCGAAGCUCGUGAAUUAGAGAGAAAGAGAAGCGGGGAAAAGCGCGUGGUUGUGGUGGUGGCGAGAGAUGCGAUCGCAGCUGUUGGCUUCGCCGUGGCGGCGAGUCAGCGAUGAGCGGUUGCUUCGGUGUUUUUCUCCGGCGGAGAAGAACCGAUUUUAAUGGGAUUUAAGCUGCAGAUGAGCUGGAUGCCGAGUCUACUGAGUCAGAAGCGGAGGAACGGUCCUCCUUUAGGGUUGCGGAAUCUCGGCAACACCUGUUACCUCAAUAGUGUCCUUCAGUGCCUCACUUACACUCCUCCCCUCGCUAAUUUCUGCCUUAGUCACAAUCACUCCUCCCACUGCGACUCUUAUGGGGAUGGGGAGCGGAAACGGGAAUGUCCUUUUUGUUUAGUUGAGAGAAGAAUAGCAAGGUCUCUUUGUGUGGAACAAGCAACCGAUGCGCCAGUCAAGAUUUCAAAUUGCCUCAAAAUUUUUGCCGAGCAUUUUAAGUUUGGGCGUCAAGAAGACGCUCAUGAGUUCUUGCGGUAUGUGAUUGACGCAUGCCACAACACGUCUCUCCGCCUGAAGAAGUUGCGAUCAAAGGGUGGUGAGCCCUUUAAUGGCAAUACUGUGGUGAAGGAGAUUUUUGGUGGGGCUUUGCAGAGCCAGGUUAAGUGUUUGUCAUGUGGUGCUGAGUCGAAUAAGGCCGAUGAGAUUAUGGAUAUCAGCCUUGAAAUUUUGCACAGCAACUCGGUGAAGGAAUCUUUGCAAAAGUUCUUUCAGCCUGAGAUUUUAGAUGGCAACAAUAAGUAUAGAUGCGAAAGCUGUAAGAAACUGGUGACGGCGAGGAAGCAGAUGUCAGUUCUCCAAGCGCCUAAUAUCCUUGUUAUCCAAUUGAAAAGGUUUGAGGGCAUUUUUGGUGGGAAGAUUGAUAAGGCCAUUACAUUUGGUGAGAUUUUGGUUCUCUCGGGCUUCAUGAGUAAAGCCAGCAAGGACCCUCAACCAGAAUACAAGCUUUUUGGGAUAAUUGUGCAUGCAGGAUUUUCUCCUGAAUCUGGGCACUAUUAUGCCUACGUUAAGGAUUCCUUGGGUAAAUGGUAUUGCUGCAAUGAUUCGUUCGUUUCACUCUCCACCUUGCAAGAGGUUUUGUCAGAGAAAGCUUAUAUUCUGUUUUUCAGCCGUUCCAGCCAGAGACCAGCAUCUGCUAAAACUCUGGUAACAUCCAAUGGGACUACGUCUCAUGAAGUCAAUGGCUGCGAGACAUCAAAGCCCCAGAGGUUUAUUGGUCCCCUUAAUAAUGUCAACAUGAAACCACGGGCCGAGCAGUCCUUCCAGAAGGAUAACAACCUGGCUUCUUCAAAGCCCCAUAAAUUUAUUCGUCCCCUCAAAGAUGCUAAUAUGAAAUCACGAGCAGAGCAGCCCCUGCACACGAAUAACCUUGUUUCUUCCAAUGUUGAAAAGGCUCCGUUGAAGCCACAUGCGAAAAUCACUGUCAACCUUGGUGCCAAAAGGGUCUCUUCUCCUACUGUCAGUGGCAGACUUUCUUUCCACCAAGAUGAGAACAUAGCUCCAAAGGCGGACAAAGAGAAUAUCGUAUCCGUUUCGCCAACUAGGGUUUACACUUGCUCGGAGAAAAAGUUUGGUACUGAAAAUGGUGGCAAUGGAGUUAAAGAAAACGGCAGUGCACAAGGUAAUAAUGAAGUUACCUUGCAUCCCCACGAGCGUAACGGCUCCAGCAAUGGGGGUGAUCAUCACCACAAAGAUAACUUACUUCCAUGCGAGAGUAAUGGUUCAAAAAAUGGAACUGAUCACCAGGAAAUUGAGAAGGAAGGUGUUAGUACAACCCAAUCCAAAGCCUUGGGUAAAAUCCCCUGCAUUUUGCUUGCCAAAGACGAAUCAUCUCGGGUUAAACUUGAAGCAAUAAAAGAGAGUCUAAAGAAAGACACUUCGUCAUAUUUACGGUCAUGCGGAUGGUAUGAUCAAGUAGAAAUCUCCAUGCGUGCCAAGAAGAGAUUGCGCACAGAGCAAUCAGGAGGAGAUGGCAACAACUUAAAGAGGAGGUUGAUAGCAGAUGUAAAAUCAAGUUUAUCCCAGAUCCCAGAUGAAUUGAAAGCAGAACUCGCAAACCGGCUCUUGAGAAUUAGCAAGAAGAAAUAUUCGUGAAAGAGAGUUUUUCUAUUUUCUUAUUAAUUAUAACAUUUUUGAAAGAGUAAAGUAAUUAUCGGAAAAGAAAUAGAAAACCAAAAAAACAGGUCUCAUUCUGUUCUGUAUAAUAUGAGCUUCUCGGAACUUUUUUCUUUUUGGGGUCCCUAUCGACGACGAUGAUUCUUUACACUCCUGGAAAUUAAUGUUAAGAGCGUUCUUGGCUUUA